CCCGUGCGCAAGACACGCGUGUACACGACGGAUGACUAUCAGACGUCCAUUUACAAGGGUGGGGGUGUCGGCGUCGCAUCCAACAACAAGCUGGGUGAGCUCAAUGUCUGGGACCUGAUGCCCGUCAAGCGCAGCGAGCCGCUGAUCGCGGUGACGUUCGAGAUCGACGUCAACGGCAUGCUGAAUGUGUCCGCUCACGAUAAGAAGCCGGGCGCUAGGGCUGAUACCACCAUCUCCAGCAAC